AAAUUCCACGCGGGCGGCAAAGUUCAUGACGUUUUGUUUGGGAAAGACCAAAAGCGUUCUCUGGAAAAUCCAUUUUUUACUGAUUUUCCUCACAAAUUGAGGUGAUUAUUGGUGCAGGAGUUUUCCUGCAAAGUUUCCCUAAUUUCCUCAGAAGAAAAUUCAGCGGGAAAUCCAAUAAAUUCAGAACAUGUCUCUCAACAAAACAAAUCCCUCGAUAGUGGAUCAGAGUAUUCGAAUCAAUUUUCAUGCAAAACUCAAGCAGGAAUCCCUGAAAUGGGGCACAAUCAACGUGGCUGUGCUGUCCUUUCUUGCCUUUGAUCUCUCCAACAAAUGCCCGGAUGCUUUCUCGCGUUGGUUCUACGUGGAGUAUGCAGCAGCAGGGGUCCUCCUGCUGAGUAUCAUCUACUACUUUGGACGCUACCUCUAUCUGCUGUACACCUUCUCCCCUAUUGUGGGCAAUGAGCAGCAGAGGAAGCUCCUCAAUUUUACAGAACAUGACUCAUCGUUUGUCCUGAAGACACCCAAAGAGAAGGUGCAGGAAGUCACGGCGUCACCGAUUAAUGUUUCCGGAUUAUCGUGGAAUUCUUCAUUCAAUGACUCCACAACGGCAUUGUCCAGCAGUUGGGUCUACAAUCGUGGCUCCCCACUCCAGGGGAGCUUCAAUCAGUCCCACAGCUUCACACAUGGGAUUCAGAAUGCCCCAAAUUCAUCACCAAAUACCUCCUCUGUGAGCUUUUCUUCACCCUACAAAAAUUCCUUCGCAAAGGAUCGCAUGAUAACCGAUGAGAAAACCCUCAAGGACUACCUAAAGGAGACUUCACUGCAGGAAGCAAGGGCCCUUCUGGAGGAGAAUGCAGACAACAGUUUGGCAAAUAAUUCAAUGAAUUCCUUCUGGAAUAACUACAAACUCGAUGACUACACUGGGCUCCUCAAGACAUCCGUCUACCAGCUGUCACCAACUACAGCCACCCCAAAACCCGGUGCAAUGGACGAAGUUGGGGGUCUCUUUGCCGGCUCCGAUCUCAAUGGUUCCUUUGAGGUUGGGAAGAAGGUUUCCUCGGCUAAAUUGUCGCACUACGUCACGAAUCUCAAGCAGUGGAUCUCCUGCACAAUCCUCGAUCGUCUCGUCCAGCAAAUUGAGACAAUUGACAAAGCUUUCCGUGACAUGGGCUUCACGGAUGUUCAAGUGGGCAGUGUGGGAUUGGAGCGACUCCGGAAGACUGCAGAGAAUCAACUUGUGCUCGUGCGCGUCCCUUCCCUACCACUGGUGAUCCCCUUCCUCGAGGCAUCACCCAAUCAGGAGUACCUCGUGCAUCGUAUUAAGGAUCUCGCCAGGGGGACGUGCAUUGCGGACUACCACUGGAAUGCCGGAGCAGUGCUCAACACGCACAAAUGGGAUGAACAUCUACCCACGGAUUCAGCCAUAAUCUUCCAUCUUUUCUGCACGUACCUCGAUAGUCAGCUAAUGCCACUCCCACAGCCCGGCGGAAGGCCCUUCUACGAUCGCUACGUCAUCGUUGGAGACAAAAAAUCCCAAAAGGAAACCCUCGCGGAGGUGAAGAAUAAGUCCAAAUGCGCCAUCCUCUGCACUAAUCCCAUCAAGCCAUUCUUCAAUUUCAUCUCUGACAACAAAAUUCACGAAUCAGUCCACGAUCGCAACAAUCUUUUCCACGUACUCACACGCUUCAUAAUCCACAUGAAGACUCACAACGAGGGUCUCCUGGAGGGCAUAAAUCUGGGCAAGAGUGGCAUAAAUAUUUUGUGUGUUGUUGAAGACUGACCGUUAACUGAAUAAAUUUGAAUAUUGUGGUAAAUACGA